UCUUCAGGCGCUGAUUUACAGAAGAUUCUAAAACACUGAGGAGCAGCUGAGAGUCUUCAGAACAUUUCUUAACUUCACUAAACCCAGAAAAUCAUCUUUCACCUUUCUGGAUGUCCAAGCCUUUCACCUUAAACGUCAAGCUUUACAUUUUCUGCCUGAUAGGGGAUCACCCUCUUCCUCCGUGGGGAUUUUAGGGGGUUGGGGAGCUGAACCCCCUCUCUGGCCAGCAUGGCAAAGGUUAGAGUUGUUUUAACUGUGUGCCAGUUGGUGCUAGAAUUGUUAAUGAAUUCAUUAACUGAGUCUUCCAUACAGAGCAGUGAAUGUCCACAGCUUUGUGUCUGUGAAAUCAGGCCCUGGUUUACACCACAGUCAACCUACAGGGAAGCCACCACAGUUGACUGCAACGACCUCCGGUUAACAAAAAUCCCCAGCAACCUCUCCAGUGACACUCAAGUCCUUCUGUUACAAAGCAACAACAUUGCAAAAACCACAGACGAACUCCAACAGCUCUUUAAUUUAACAGAACUGGAUUUUUCACAAAAUAACUUCACAAGUAUCAGAGACGUGGGGCUCUCCAACCUCACUCAGCUCACGACUUUGCACCUGGAGGAGAACCAGAUCACAGAGAUGACUGACUACUGCCUGCAAGACCUCUGCAAUCUGCAGGAGCUCUACAUAAAUCACAACCAGAUCAGCAGCAUUUCUGCAAACGCAUUCUCUGGCCUGAAAAAUCUUCUGAGAUUACACCUCAACUCCAACAAAUUAAAGGUUAUUGACAGCCGUUGGUUUGAUUCUACUCCCAACUUAGAGAUUCUCAUGAUUGGAGAAAACCCAGUGAUUGGAAUACUUGAUAUGAAUUUCAAACCACUCUCAAACUUAAGGAGUCUAGUUUUGGCAGGUAUGUACCUCACAGACAUUCCUGGCAAUGCGUUGGUAGGCUUGGAUAGUCUUGAAAGUCUUUCUUUUUAUGACAACAAAUUGGUAAAAGUUCCUCAGCUUGCACUUGAGAAAGUUCCCAAUUUAAAAUUCCUGGAUCUCAACAAAAAUCCAAUUCAUAAAAUUCAAGAAGGGGAUUUUAAAAACAUGCUCAGACUGAAAGAGCUUGGGAUCAACAACAUGGGAGAGCUCGUGUCUGUCGAUAGGUACGCGCUGGACAACCUGCCUGAACUCACAAAGCUGGAAGCCACCAACAACCCAAAGCUGUCUUACAUCCAUCGCCUGGCGUUCCGCAACGUCCCCGCCCUGGAGAGCCUGAUGCUCAACAACAAUGCCUUGAAUGCAGUCUACCAAAAGACCGUGGAAUCCCUCCCAAACCUGCGGGAGAUCAGCAUCCACAGCAACCCGCUCAGGUGCGACUGCGUCAUCCACUGGAUCAACUCCAACAAAACCAACAUCCGCUUCAUGGAGCCUCUCUCCAUGUUCUGUGCUAUGCCUCCAGAAUACCGGGGACAGCAGGUGAAGGAAGUGCUGAUACAGGAUUCAAAUGAGCAAUGUCUUCCAAUGAUCUCUCACGAGACCUUUCCCAAUCACCUGAACCUGGACAUCGGCAUGACAGUGCUGUUAGAUUGCCGGGCCAUGGCAGAACCUGAGCCAGAAAUCUACUGGGUCACCCCUCUGGGCAAUAAAGUCACCGUGGAAAGCCUCUCUGACAAAUACAAGCUGAGCAGUGAGGGCACCUUGGAAAUCUCCAAUAUCCAGGUUGAGGACUCUGGGAGAUACACCUGUGUCGCUCAAAACAUAGAGGGGGCCGACACGAGGGUCGCUACCAUCCGGGUGAACGGAACGCUCCUGGAUGGCACCCAGGUUCUGAAGAUCUACGUUAAGCAAGCCGAAUCCCAUUCCAUCCUGGUUUCAUGGAAAGUCAAUUCCAACAUCAUGACAUCCAAUUUAAAAUGGUCAUCGGCCACAAUGAAGAUUGACAACCCUCACAUCACCUACACCGCCCGGGUCCCGGUGGAUGUCCACGAAUACAACCUCACACAUUUACAACCCUCUACAGAUUAUGAAGUGUGUCUGACAGUGUCCAACAUCCAUCAGCAAACACAGAGAUCCUGUGUCAACGUCACAACCAAAAACGCGGCUUUUGCACUGGAUAUUUCUGACCAGGAAACCAGCACGGCCCUGGCAGCAGUGAUGGGAUCCAUGUUUGCUGUCAUCAGCCUCGCCUCCGUCUCUGUUUAUAUUGCAAAAAGGUUUAAGAGAAAAAACUACCACCACUCAUUGAAAAAAUAUAUGCAAAAGACCUCUUCAAUCCCCCUGAACGAGCUCUACCCUCCACUUAUUAAUCUCUGGGAAGGUGACAGUGAAAAAGACAAGGAUGGCUCUGCAGAGACCAAGCCGACCCAAGUCGACACAUCCAGAAGCUAUUACAUGUGGUAACUCAGAGGAUAUUUUGCUUCUGGUAGUAAGGAGCACAAAGACUUUUUUGCUUUAUUCUGCAAAAACGACGAGUUGAAGACUUUUGUAUUUUUGACUUUGCUAGCCCGUGGCAGAGCGGUGAGGACAGGUGGAUAUUUCAGGAUUUUUUAGUAUAGCGUAUCGCAAUGGGUUGACACAAAUGGCAGCUUCACCUAGCUUCCACUCCUCUGUUUAUUUUAUUCUUUUUUCCUUUUUUUUUUAAUUUUUUUUUUUUUUUUUUUUAGUUAUCGUGCUAAACUUAACACUGUCCUAACUCCAGUGCUGAAUAAAAAGGAGGG